UGGCGACAACACAAGACACGUACUAGAGCAGCUGUCUUGUCUUCAACUAAAACAUUUUAUUUAGUUUACAUUGAGAUACUCUAUCAAAUAUUCUAUGAGAUGGCCGCAUCGAUUCCUAUAAAGGAGCAAUUAGCUCAGUUGUUGAACAAUCUGGAAGAGAUGAAUAGUUUGUUGAAAAAUAAUUUAAAUGACUUUGAUCAACAGGUAAAACAAGCAACACUGGAAUGGUUGGACAAUCCAUCAGAAGCGAAUAUAGAUUUUAAAGAAGUGGUUUCUAUUGUAACAACAGUAAAUACUGCCCUACUUAAACUUAAACAAACGAUUUCUGUUUCCUGCACCAAGUAUCAAGCAAUGGCUGCUGGAGAUAAGACAACACAAGAGAAUAAAAGUGUUGACUCUGUACACGAUGGAAAUUAUUCUGAUCUUCCUAUGUCAGUUGCAGGUGAUUUAAAUAACAAACUAGAGCAGAGAGUAGAACGUCUUGAAACAGCGCUAACUUCUAUGCAAAGUAGGAAUAAAAGAACUGAAGCUGAUGUGACCGAAAUUAAGCAAUGGAGGGACACUUAUAAAACAGAAGAAAGUAAUAUAAACGAACAAAUAGAACAAUUGGCUAUAAAACAAAAACAUAAUGCUAAGCAAUUCCGAAAGCAAAUUAACGAACAGAAACAUAUAACGGAUGAGAUGAAUGAAGAAAUGAAACAAUUGAAUGAAAUAAAACAAUGGAGGAAAACACUAAUAUCAGAACAUAACACUAUGGCGAAAAAACUUGAAGAACUGUCUAAGACACUAACAGAUAAUAAAGAAAAGACUAGAGAGCAAAUACAAGAAUCCAAAACCAGAAUAAAUGAGUUGAAUACAGAAAUUAAGACCCUCAAACAAAAAGAAUCAAAUACAAGCCAAACACUGGAAAUUACAAAUACAGAGAUUAACAAGUUUGACAUAAUGUUGAACAAAGUAAAUGAAGAAUUAAAAAUUCAAACUACUAAUACAGAGAUAUUACAAAAAGAAAUUAAACGGCAUUCUGAUAUUUUAUCUCACUUGAGGGAAGAAGGAAAAAAAAACAAAAAUACGGAAACCAAAGUAGAAAAGUUAAUGUCAAUGCAUAGUGUGAUGUCCAAGAUCUUGCAACAAAGAUUGAUGCCCUUUGAAAGUUUAAUUCAAAAGUUUAAUCAAAACCUGGCUAGUAGACAGAUAAACAAACAAAAGCUUGCAACCCUGGAAAAUGAUAAUUGGAAAUUGUCAAAUGAUCUAGAUUCAAUUAAGAUUCGUGUAUGUCAGCCUUACAUCUGUCAACUUCACCUGGAUAACAACACAACAGUGACUACUGGAUCAAUUCUUUCAACAUUCUAUUGCGUGUGGGAAUCCUACGGCAACCAUUUUAAUAGAACCACAGGAAAACUUGUAGCACCAGAUGAUGGUUACUAUCUUGUGAUUGUGACGCUGCGUGAACGUGAUGCUAAACUGAUUAAAGUUGAUGUGUACAGGGAUGACUCAUUUUAUCAGAACUGUUUUGUCAAAUCUGCCAACACAUCUGCCGCUGGAGCAACAGCUAUUUACAUGAUGAAAGGCCAAGAACUUUACUUUAAAGUGGGCCAAGCUGAUGAUGGAGCCAAGCUACAAGGAGGAAGUGGCUUUACUAUACUUAGAUUAUAAAUUUAGUAAUGCUUAUGAAAUAAGUAGUUUAUAAUUUAUUUCACACCACAUCAUUUUUGAUUGUUUUUGAUUAUCCAAUGUUCCUAUAUUGUAUGCAUGUGUAUAUCGUUUCAAUAGGUGUUUCGCUGUUUCUGGCAGUCAUAUUACAGAGAAAUAUGUGACCAUACUGUAUUAUAAUCUACACUUCAUUUUUGGAAAACAAAUGGUUUGAUUUUUUUUUCGGUUGCAUUUUAAAAUACAUACAAUUAAACAUACAAAGAGUUUGUGUUUAAGUGUUAUAACAUAAAUUAAUGUUAAGAUAAUAAAAAGUAGCUAUGCUUCGCAUGCCAUUGUGAAAUGAACAUAUACAUCGUAAAAUAUUAUGUCUAGUCAUCUGAGUACGCUUAUGUAACAUAAUAUGCUUGUCCCAUAUAGCAUGCAGCACCACUUUCCGUCAUGGUUUAAUCAUGUUAAGAUGUAAAGAUGUACAUGAAUAUAAUGGUCAAAACUGUAAUCAAACAACUUGAUAGUUUAUAUAAGUAUACGAGAAAGUAAAAAUUGUCCAAUUAAUACAAUUGAACAUUAUUGAUUUUUUUUUAAAUAGACUAGUUUUUAAUUAGUUUCAUUAGUUGUUUUACAUGCUAUAGAACGCUUUAGGAUAUGGGUUAGUACAAAAGUAAUAUAUUAAUAUUUGUAGUGAUAAACGCAUACAUUCGUUGCUAAAAGGUCAUUUUAAGACGCAAUAAUACUAAGAAAAAAUAAAUAAAACAUGAGAGAUCUCCCCUUAAUAUUAACGGUAUAUUCGUAUAUCACCACAAGUCAAAAAACACUGUCAGUGCAAUCGGGCGUUAGAAAUGUUGUUUUUUUUUUUAAAUUUAUUUUUAAAUAAUUAAAUACAAUAUAUCAGUAUACUUGUAUUAUUAAGGUGUAUUAGCUCAACUAUCUAGUCUGUGAUAAGUCAGAUAUCUAAAGUUUAUCUAUCACCAGCUUUAGAUUUGCUUAAUGUUAACUUACAUUCGACUGAAUAAUCCUAAGUUUUUAGCUGUUUGGCACAUGAAUUUUUCAAUCUAGUUCAAAUACAGUAAUAAAUUAUGGCUCUACUUAAACAACAAAGUGUGAAGUCAUGAACAAAAGUUGCAGCAAAGAUCUAGCGAUGACUGCUUUAUGUGUACUUUGUACUGAUCCGUUCUUUGGCUUAAUUUCAUAGUUUAAUAUAAAUAUAUGUAACAUCAUAUUGUUUUAUCAUGCAAUCACUGACUGGUUUUAUCACUUAUAGCUACCUAUUGUUCAGGUGUGAUCAAAUCAAACAGUACAUGACUGCUGAUAAACUGAUUAAAAGCUAAAUUUGUUAUACAUCAGUGAAACAUUUCUCUGCAUUAUAAAGAGUCAGCUUAGAGUAAAUAACAAGCAAAUAAAAUGGGUGAAAUAUAAAACUCGUAUCUCGGCCUUUUAAAAUCUCAGUGGACGCCCAUGUUUAUGACGAGCCAUUGAUAUGAAAAUGAUAAGUGUUCUCUUCAAUCUGAUCAUUUCAAGU